AUGGCAGUUUAUCAAGAAAAUUGGGACAUUGUGAAGAGCAACCUGAUGACAGUCCUACAUGGGUUUUUUAAGGAUGGAGUUAUUCAUGGGAGGGCCAAUGAAACCUAUAUUUGCCUUAUUCCUAAGAAAAUCAAUAAUUGUUGUGUGAGGGAUUAUAGGCCUAUUAGUCUUAUUCCUAGUCUAUAUAAAAUUAUUUUAAAGGUGUUGGCUUAUAGACUUCGAGGUGUUCUGUCCGACACACUAGCGGAAACUCAAGGAACUUUUGUGGAAGGCAGGCAGAUUUUGGACACAGUUUUGGUAGCAAAUGAGGCGGUGGAGGAGUAUAGGAGUAAGGGUUGGGUGUUCAAAAUUGACUUUACAAAAGAUUAUGAUUGUGUGAAUUAG